UGUGUGCAUCUACCCGUCUGACUGAAUUUGCUGCCUUGUUUUGACGCCUGGACGUACGGUAGUGAGCUUGAGAAGUUGUGCGAAACAUUGAUGUUCUUGCCAAUCUGAGCCUCACUCUUCACGUUACAGUAUGAAUCCUGAAGAAUUGUUUCUCACAGAAGCAGAGGAUGUUUCAGCAACGUUCUGUCUUUGUGUUGUACUCGCUUGUGUUGUUACAGCUCUGUUGCUAUUUCCAAGAAUGAACAUCAAUUCUCCUUUUACCCAGCCCCUAGCUCCAAUUGUACCUGAAUUGCCAAUAGUAGGGGCAAGAAAUCCUUUUGCUAUCAAAGUACUCAACCCAGACUCGGCAUCGCUCAGAGAUGGGGUCCAAGUCCUUGUGAAGUCCUUGGUUGACAGUGAGCUGCAUGCGUUGUGGGCUGUUGGGUGCUCCUCUCUCCAAACAGCCCUUCAAGAUGGAGGCCUUAGACUUCUCUGUGAUGCUGGACAAAGGCUACAGAGUGAUUUCUUGUACCACAGUCAUCCUGUCAUCUUUUCUUCUGGUACCGAGACAGAAGUAUCUCUCUUGCUGCCAGACAGUGUGACAGACACCCAGAUACUGGCCAGUAUGGGUCCCCCACCCCGCCACAAAUAUCCUCUAUGUCUCAUUGUAAGAUCCCUGCUAGAAGACAGUUGGAUGGAUAUGCAGCCACAAGUGGUUGGAGCGGUGUAUGUCCUUCAUCUACCAGAUGAAACGUUCUCUGACGAAUGUCGUCUGAUCUCACAGCUCAUCAUCUCCAGUUCUGGUCAAGUCUGCGAUUUACAGAAACUUUUCAUGGCCACCGAUGGAAAUGAAACUUCACAGCAUUUAAGAGAGCCUGCCGGUAGCAGUUGUAAUGUAGACGGCGCCCUCCCACACAGAGUUAACACAGAUGAAGAGAGACUUAAUGCAGGCAUUGGAGAAAUGAGCUCAGUGCGUAAUGGAGAAGACAGUGUGGAUGCAAAUGAUGCAUUGCAUGGUUGCGUUGUCUGCCAGAAUGGCCUGAUCAGUAUAGCACUGUUGCCAUGCCGACACACCUGCAUUUGUUCUUUCUGUCUCCCGCUGUUGAAUAAAUGUCCCAUGUGCCGUCACCACAUCGAGUCGUUCUUCCCCUUAAAUCAAGGCAUUGAUGGGGAGUGCAAUAGGGCACAUUUCAUCGAGGAAGAGCCACAGGAUGGCGACGAUUGGGUGACAAAAUUUAAUAAUCUAUGUGAGCGGUUCAACAGAUGGCUUGGAUUGGACUACUGAGAUGUGCAGACGUGUUUGAUUGGUAGAGUGAAUAACCCAGUCAUCAGGCGCUGAGAUUUGUCUCAGAUAAGCUGAUUCUGUAACAUGUACAAGUACUUUCCUGAUGCAUUGUAUGCCAUCAGGGAUGGAAAAAUGUGAACCAAGUUUCAUAGAGCUUGGUACAUGUAUUUCCUUACUUUUUGUGGAAAAACUUAUCUGGCAUACAUGGUAGUUGCAUGAAUGGUUUGAAACAGCUUUUACCAACACUGAUCAUGACUGCAUCUACAUGUACAUUCAUGGCAUGACUGCAAGAAUCGUCAUGGACUGGGUAGGUGCUGGCAACUGUCUUUCUUUGUUCCAAAAUUAUUUUUUCAAUAGCUAUUGAGAGAAUUUAUGACUCAAGGAGAUUUCACGUGGCUGAGAACAUGUCACUUUGGAUUGGUUUUGUUCAGUAUUCUGUCAUGUUCUUCGUAAGGCUUUACCACAGCUGCCUCAUUCUGAAAUAUAUACAUGGCAACCAAUGUACACUGUACAUGGAUUGUGACAUCUUUGUUCAUACAGGAAGGGCUAUGCAUGCCAGCUUAUUUCUCAGAGGCACAACAGAAUCGGAUGGAAACAUUUUUCAUCAAGGCAAAGUUUAGACAGCAAAGAUGAUCUCUCUCCUCAAUUUGAAUUGAAAUAGAGACUUAUGCAUUGGAUUAUUUUGAACAUACGGGAUAACUCUUUAAAUGUGUUGGGGAGGUGCAGUGUACAAGUAUUCUAAAACAAGAGUGUGCUAUAAUUUGUGGCACGGUAAAACUGAGUUUCCUUGGUGAUCUGUUGCGCAUUCCACUUAUUUCCCUUACCUUUGUCUUGAGGUUGGUUUCAGCAUAGGCAUGGUACAUGUACUUGUAAGAGCCCGUAAUAUCCUGCAUAUCAAUGCCAAAGUGCUUUUACAUCAACUUACCAAAGAGGAUGGAUUAUUGGAAGAUUGUUAGAGAAAUUUGGAGUGUUGUCAAGACUCAUGAAAGUUAAUUUUGUCCUCAUGAUGAUGCAUUAUUGUGCAGCAUUUGUGAGGUCUCCACAACCAGUUUGUGUUUGCAUGACUGCCAUUCCAAGUUUUAGUCAAUCUGGUAAUAUAUAUUUUGUUUUUGCAUGUAUUAUCAAAUUGCAAUACUUACAGGGCAACAACUUCACUACAAAGCACCUGUCUUAUGAUUUUGAGCGAUUUGUCACUUAACCACUUGCUGCCGGGUGGAUUUUUCUUGAGCAAGACAAGAUGUCGGGUCCUCUUCAACAUUUUCCGUUUUCAAAAUUCUCCCACAAUUCAUCAUUUCAUUUAAUGGUCGUUUAUAACCACAUGAAGGACUCUUUGGGUACUACUCUAAAGAUGACAGAUAACCUUCAUUGACUCCUGAAUAUUUCAGCCAGGCCUGCAGCCUUGGAAAAAGAGCCCAAAGUGUGCAUUG